GCAGGCGCAACUUCCCUGGGGACUGGACGGUUUGUUCAGUCCUUUGUUCCUGGUCCCCUCCCCCGUCCCCGUGAGUGCUGGCGGGGGAGUAGUGUGGAGGCAAUCAGUGCGCAGGCGCGGUCCAAGCUCCCAGAGGGGCGGGGGAGCCCCUCCUCCUCCUUACCCCCCGGGGGCGCCGGAGGACAUACCGACCCCGCUUGGAUCCAAAGCUAUUAUGCCAUUUCCUGCACAUAUAUUAAAGAUUCAUGUUAUCAUUGAAUGAUGGAGGAAAAGAGAAACCUAGAACUAUCCAUGGGAAGCGAGGAGUUGUUGAGCUCCCCUGCCUUGACCAGUGAGCCAAGAAGAAUGAGUGAAGGUAAAUUGCAGGAAAUCAGAGAAGGUGGACCAAGAAAGCCUUUUUGCAAAUGUGGGAUUUUAGUCAAGACUUGAAUGACUCACCCGGAGUAGGCUGACUCAAAACAGGAGCCCUUGGAGCUGAGAUCUUUCUACCUUCUUCCUUUGGAGCAGAGAUUUCUUUGCCUUCCCUCAGAGCCAAGGUCCAUCUCCCUUUUGGAAGCUAGUUCUGAAUGUGCAAUUCCCAGCCCACAAAGGAUCAAGGCUUCACCCAAGCAGGGAGCCUGGAGACAGAGAGAAUGGCCCCUGGGAUCCGGAGACCUCCACCCCAGGAGUUGGUGACAUUCCAGGAUGUGGUUGUGAACUUCACCCUGGAGGAGUGGGGCCUGUUGGACCAUUCUCAGAAAGAGCUGUACAAGGAGGUCAUGCUGGAGAAUGCUCAGAACCUGCUGUCCCUGGGGCUUCCAGUUUCAAAAGAAGAUCUGAUCUCCCCUUUGCACCAAGGGGAAGCACCAGGGAUGCCAGAGCAAAAAGGCCCGAGGAAGUCCUGGCCAGGUGCAGAGACCAGGUUUGAAGUGGAUGAGAUGUCUACACAACUGAGCACUUCUGUGGAAGAAUGUGGUCAACAAAGAUUCAUGAAUGAUGAUUCCUGUGAUUUCAAUUGGAGAGAAAUUGAAGAGAAGUUUUAUAAAUGUAAUGAAUGUGGGAAGGCUUUCUGCUAUAGAUCACUCCUCAUUUGCCAUCAGAGUAUCCACACUGGAGAGAAACCUUAUGAAUGUAAAGUGUGUGAAAAGGCUUCAGAUAGAGCUUUACAUCAGAGAAUCCACACACGGGAGAAAUCUUAUGAAUGUGAUCAGUGUGGAAAGGCUUUCAGAUACAGCUCCAGUCUUGCUAAACACCAGAGAUUCCACAAUGGAAAGAAACCUCAUGAAUGUGAUCAGUGUGGAGAGACUUUCCGAAAGAACUCCCGUCCUUCUGCCCAUCAGAGAAUCCACGCUGGAAAGAAACCUUUUGAGUGUAAUCAAUGUGGAAAGCCUUCAGAUGCAGCUUCAGAUAAAGUUUUACAUCAGAGAAUCCACACUGGGGAGAAAACCUAUGAAUGUAAUCAGUGUGGAAAGGCUUUCACACAGAGAGCUAAUCUUGUAUUACAUCAGAGAAUCCACACUGGAGAGAAACCUUAUGAAUGUAAUCAAUGUGGAAAAGCUUUCACAAAGAGUUCAAAUCUUGGUGUACAUCAGAGAAUGCACACUGGAGAGAAACCAUAUGAAUGUAAUCAGUGUGGGAAAGCUUUCAGAUAUAGCUCCAGUCUUACUGAGCAUGAGAAAAUCCACACUGGAGAGAAACCUUAUGAAUGCAAUCAGUGUGGAAAGGCUUUCACACGGAACUCCCGUCUUGUUUUACAUCAGAGAAUCCACACUGGGGAGAAACUUUUUGAAUGUAAUCAGUGUGGAAAGGCUUUUACACAGAGCUCCAGUCUUACAGUCCACCGGAGAAUACACACUGGAGAGAAACCUUUUGAAUGUAAUCAGUGUGGAAAGGCUUUCAGAGAGAGCUCCCAUCUUGGUGCCCAUCAGAGAAUCCAUACUGGAGAGAAACCUUAUGAAUGUAAUCAGUGUGGAAAGGCUUUCACAGAGAGCUCUCAUCUUAGUGCCCAUCAGAGAAUCCACACUGGAGCAAAACCCUAUGAAUGUAAUCAGUGUGGAAAGGCUUUCACAAAGAGCUCUAGUCUUACUGUACAUCAGAGAAUGCACACCGGGAAAAAACCUUUUGAAUGUAAUCAAUGUGGAAAGGCUUUCACACGGAAAUCCCGUCUUGCUGCACAUCAGAGAAUUCACAGUGAGGAGAAACUUUUUGAAUGUAAUCAGUGCGGAAAGGCUUUUACACAGAGCUCCAGUCUUGCUGUACAUCAGACAAUCCACACUGGAGAGAAACCUUAUCAGUGUAACCAGUGUGGAAAAGCUUUUACACGACGGGGCAAUCUUGCUGCACAUCAGAAAAUUCACACUGGAGAGAAACCUUUUGAAUGUAUGCAAUGUGGAAAGACUUUCAGAAUCCGCUCUAGUCUUGCUAAACAUCAAAGGAUCCACACUGGAGAAAAACCUCAUGAAUGUAAUUGAUGUGGAAAGGCUUUCAAAAAAAAGCUCUAGGCUUGCUGCACAUCAGAGAAUCCACACUGGAGAGAAACUUCAUGAGUGUCAUGAAUGUGGCAGAACUUGUAGUUACUACUCUUAGUUUAUUUAACAGAAGAGUGUCCACAACAGCAUGAAAUCUUAUGAAUGUAAUUGGUGUGGAAAGGCUUUCAUAAGAAGCUCCCAUCUUGGUGCCCAUCAGAGAAUCCACAUUGGAGAAAAAUUUUAUGUAUGUAAUCAGUGUGGAAAGGCUUUCAGAAUCAUCCGCAAUCUUGAUGUACAUGGGAGUAUCCACAAUGAAGAGAAAAUUAUGAAUGUAAUCAGUGUGGAAAGGUUGUCACAUGGAAAGGCAAUCUUCAUGUCCGUCAGAGAAUCCACACUGGAAAGAAACCUUUUGAAUGUAAUUAGUAUGGGAAGACUUUCAGAAUUAGAUCUGGUCUUGCUAAACAUCAGAGAAUCCACACUUGGGAGAAACUGUGUUAAUAUGAUCAACGUCGGAAGGGUUUAACAAAGAGCUCCAGUCUUGCUAGACAUCAAACAAUGUGUGCUGGAGAGAAACCUUUUGAAUGUAAACAGUGUAGUGUGAUGUGGGAAAGAUGUAAUUACUGAGGAAGCGAAGGUUUGAACUUCUGAGCAUUUUGACUUAUUAAACAAUGCAUGCCAAUUGCCUAACAAAUCAGGACCAGAUCUCUUCACUUAUAGCCCUGGACCCCAAAUACUGUGGUAAAUAGACUUUUAUACAUUAAAAACAAUCUAAUACAGCCAAUUAAUUAAAAGGAAACAAAACAGUAUUAGGUGGUCUGAUGGCUAACUGGAUGAGAGAUUAGGGACUUUUCCAAUUUGGAAGGGGGAAAAUGAACAGGUGCAAUUCCCUGAAAUCAGAAAAGAAGUGUUCCAUUCCCUCCACCCUCAAUUGUCUGUGAACAAUUAAAGGAACAUGGAAACAAUAAAUGUUUGAUAGGUACAAGGCCAAUUUUCAGAUGAGACAUAUGAAUUGCUUGAGAUGUAUAACUGUGAGAAGACUCCUUGCAUCAGUCUUUGUAUCUGGCCAGGUUUCUAGUCAGCAGAAUCUAGGUCUUUAGUUAAGGGUUUCUAAUCAAUAGGUAAAGGUGUUCUAGCUUUCCAGCCAUGCAGGGCUAGGUUCAAACAAUACAAUAAAGUUUUCUCAUAGGACAGAGUUGAACUAAACCCUCAAUUGAACAGAAGGGGAACUGAGCUAGCUCCAGAAUUGAGUCACAAGAUAGAGAGGUGUGUUUCACUCAAUUCUCACCACCACUUGCUCUCCCAAUCUCCUCAAUUUCCUCAGUUCCCUCUUAAAAUUUAAUUUGUGAAUCACUUAUUUGUAAGCCAACUCUAUACGGUUUUUCAUAUGUUGAUAAUUAGAAGUAUAUAAGUUACAAAUCAAACUGCUUAGAGGGCUCACAGUUAACAUAUCUGAGGAGAUUCACAUAUCACCAAGGUAACCAGACAACUUAAACACUAUGAAAUAAAAGACCAAAGCAAUACAAUAAUUAUCAUCAAUAUUUUUUUUGGAGGGGGGAAGGCAGAGCAAUUGAGGUUAAGUGACUUGCCCAAGGUCACACAGUGUGUCAAGUGUCUAAGGGCAGAUUUGAACUCAGGUCCUCCUGACUCCAGGGCCAGUGUUCUACUCACUGCACCACCUUGCUGCCCCAAUUAUCAUCAAUAUUAACUAACAAAGUCUUCUUAUAUCUUAGUAACCUACUCCCAAUGUUCAUUUAAUCAGCAGAUUUUGAGUCCCAGAUAGUUCAUGGAGUCAUCUGUUCACAGGAUUUCUUCUUUUGGACAUUCUCAGGCCUCUUUCUCUGGGCAACUGAAGUGAGCUCUGCUUUACUGAUUCCAAAUCACUUAUAGAGAUCCCUAGAUAAUUCUGCUAAAAUCUGCCCAUAUCAAGACUCAAUACAAUUUAAUACAAUCUAUUAAAUUUGGUUCCCCAAUCUUUAAACUUCAGAGAAUUUCAGGGUUUUUUUUAAUAUACUAAUUACUGUUUCUACCUUUACCUAAAUCCUGUACCUGAUAAAGGAUUCUAAAAAACAUUCAUGAGGGUCCAACUAUAAAAUGAAUUCUUUUGUCUUAAAAUUAUAUCACAGAUACUUCAAAAUGGGGAAACAAUUUCACAUUCUUUACAAAUAUCAAUACAAUUUUAUAUGUAAAAUCCUUAAUUCAAUUUUGAUAAUUUAUUACUAAAAUAUACAUAAAACCUAAAUUUCAAUGCUAGAUGCACGUUGAAGUAAAUCGUAUACAUAUAUAUGUAUAUAAUUUUUAGAGAAAACUAUAAUCCUCCAAAAUAUACUAUACCAUUUAAUUAGAAAAUGUUUACAUUGCGUUAUUACUUUGUUUAAUUCUCUCCUU